AUGUCUCACCACAAGCAAGUGAAACCUAGAUUCCUCAAAGACCCCAACUGUAAGCUGGAGGACAACCCCAAGGAUGGUGAGGUGAUAGAUGGCCAGAAGCAGCUGGAGGACUUGGAAAAGCUGGAGGACAAGGCAGUGCACAGCUGCCUGGAGGUGUUUGAGUCGCUAAGCGACAUCACCAAGCACAAGAUCAACCAGUGCCAGCUGGCAGAUGGCGUGGACGUGGAAGAUGACCCCACCUGCUUGUGGCUGGCCUCCUCACCCUCUAGCAAGGACCAGACCUCCUAGAGCCAUGACAAAGGCUGCGAUUUUGGAGAGGUGGAAGGGAGCCCCGUCCUGCCGUACCCGUGCCAGUUUUGCAACAAGUCCUUCAGCCGCCUCAGCUACCUGAAGCACCAGGAGCAGAGCCACAGCGACAAGCUGCGCUUCAAGUGCACCUACUGCAGCCGCCUCUUCAAGCACAAGCAUAGCCAAGACUGCCACAUCAAGCUGCACAUGGGUGACAAGAAGUACCACUGCAGCGAGUGUGACACUGCCUUCUCCUGCAGCGACCACCUAAAGAUCCACCGGAAGACGCACAUGUCCAACAAGUCCUACAAGUGCACCAUCUGCUGCCGCUGCUUCCCGUCCUCCAGCUCCCUGCAGGCGCACAUUCAGGUGCAGGAGCAUGGUAAGGACAGCGUGCCACUGGUCUCCAGGCUGGACGACUGGAAGCUGAAGGACACGCAGAAGUGCAGCCAGUGCGAGAAGGGCUUCGACUUUCCCAAGAACCUGCAGAAGCACAUCACUGAGUGCCACCCCGAGUGCUCCCCCAGCGAGGACCGCACUGUCCUGCAGUGCGGCUACUGCCACUAGCUCUUCGUAGAGGAGACCUUGCUGCUGGGCCAUGUGGAGCAGGUGUGUGGCAGGGACAACCUGUGCUCGGAGAGCUUCCUUACCAUGGAGGAGCUUUACAGCCACCAGCUGGUGGACAGCCACCAGCAGCCCAAGUCUUGCAACCACAGCGACAGCCCAUCCCUUGUCAGUGGGUACACCUGCAUGUCCAGCACCACGCCCGACUCCAACCUGUUGGUGGACAGCUCCACCAUGGUGGAGGCUGCCCCUCCCCUGCCCAAGAGCCGCGGGUGGAAGCGGGCCGCCCUGCAGGCCGCCGAUGUGGCCAGGGCCUCCUGCAAGCAGGCCAAGGUGACCUACAGCUGCAUUUACUGCAGCAAGCAGCUGUUCUUGAGCCUGGCUGUCCAAAUCCACCUGAAGACAAUGCACCUGGACAAGCCCAAGCAGGUGCACAUCUUCCAGUACUGCCUGGAGGUGCUGUGCUCGCUCUACAACCUGAACGAGCACCUGAAGCAGGUGCACGAAGCUCAGGACCCUGGCCUGAUUGUGUCGGAGGCCAUGCUCGCCAUUGUCUACCAGUGCAACUUCUGCUCUGAAGUUGUCAACGACCUCAACAAGCUCCAGGAGCACAUCCUCUGCUCACACGGCUUUGCCAACCCCGUGGCCAAGGACAGCAACGUGUUCUUCUGCCCCCACUGCUACUUGGGCUUCCUCACGGACUCUUCCCUCGAGGAGCAUAUCCGGCAGGUCCACUGCGACCUCAGUGGCUCCUGGUUUGGGUUCCCCGUGCUCAGGAUGCCCAAAGACCCCGUCAUCAAAGUCUACUCUUGUUCCUAUUCUACCAACUACCCCAUCUUCAACAGCGUCCUCAAGCUGAACAAACACAUCAAAGAGAACCAUAAAAACAUUCCCUUGGACCUAAAUUACAUCCACAAUGGGAAGACGUCCCGGGCCCUGAGCACCCUGUUCCCCGUGGCCAUCGAGCAGACCUCCCUGAAGAUGUUGAAGGUGGUGGUGGGGCGCGCCCACGUGGCCGGCCGGGGAGUAGUCUGUAACCAGUGUGGUGCUAAGUGCACGUCCCUAGACAGCUUCCAGAUGCACCUGAAAAUUCACGUGGACAUGGUGCUACCGAAGCUGACCUGCAUGCAGUGCAACAAGGAGUUCCCCAACCAGGAGUUGCUGCUGAAGCACAUGACCAUCCACUUUAUGAUCACCUUGACCUACUACAUCUGUGAGAGCUGCGACAAGCAGUUCACGUCGGUGGACGACCUGCAGAAGCACCUGCUGGACAUGCACACCUUUGUCUUCUUGCACUGCACGCUGUGCCAGGAGGUCUUCGACUCUAAGGUGUCCAUCCAGCUGCACCUGGUGGUGAGGCACAGCAAUGAAAAGAAGGUGUAUCGCUGCACCUCCUACAACUGUGACUUUCGCAGCGAGGCCGACCUGUAGCUGCAUGUGCGCCACAACCACCUGGAGAACCAGGUCAAGGCGCACAAGUGCAUCUCCUGCGGUGAGAUCUUUGGCACCGAGGUGGAGCUGCAGUGCCACAUCACCACGCACAGCAAGAAGUACAACUGCAGCUUCUGCAGCAAGGCCUUCCACGCCAUCAUCCUGCUGGAGAAGCACCUGCACCAGAAGCACUGCAUCUUAGAGGCCAAGAAGCCAAAUGGCGGGGCCAACGGGGAGUCUAAACAGGUGCAAAAGGAGGAGGUGGAGCUGCAGACACUGCUGACCAACAGCCAGGAGUCCCACAACAGCCAUGACGGCAGCAAGGAGGACGUGGAUGCGUUGGAGCCCAUGUACAGCUGCAACAUCUGCGGGGAGGCAUACACCAUGGAGACGCUGCUGCAGAACCACCAGCUGCGCGACCACAACAUCCGGCCGGGCGAGAGCGCCAUCGUCAAGAAGAAGGCGGAGCUCAUCAAAGGGAACUACAAAUGCAACCUGUGCUCGCGCACCUUCUUCUCUGAGAAUGGGCUCCGCAAGCACAUGCAGACACACCUGGGCCCCGUCAAGCACUACAUGUGCCCCAUCUUCAGGGAGCGCUUCCCCUCGCUACUCAAGCUCAUGGAGCACAAGGUCACACACAGCAAGAGCCUGGACACUGGGAAUUGCCGCAUCUGCAAGCUGCCACUGCAGAGUGAGGAAGAGUUCCUGGAACACUGACAGAUGCACCCCGUCCUGCGCAACUCGCUCACCAGCUUCUGCUGCGUGGUCUGCAUGCAGAUGGUCACCUCCACGCUUGAGCUUAAGAUCCACGGCACCUUCCGCAUGCAGAAGACCAGCAGCGGGGCCGCAGUCCAGGCCACGGGGUGUGGCCCGCACAUCCCGAAACUGUACAAGUGCUCCUCCUGCCUCAAGGAAUUCCACUCCAAGCAAAACCUGGUGAAGCUGGACAUCAAUGGGCUGCCACGCUUGCUGUGUGUGGGCUGCGUGAACCUCAGCAAGAGCGUCACCAUCCUGCCCUGUGCCGCCAGGCCAGGCUUGGGCCAGAACACAGGUCUUGGUGUCCUCCAGGGGAAAGGCAAGGCUGUGGGGCCAAAGACUCCCUGCUCCAGCUGCAACAGCAAGUUCGAGUCUGAGAGCAAGCUGCAUAGCCACAUGCAGGUCGUGCACCUGGAGCUGCUGCCCAACGGCGGUAUCACACAGCUGAAGACCCCGUAGGUCUCGCCCAUGCCCUGGAUCAGCCCCUCCCAGGCAGAUGAGAAGAAGACCUAUCAGUGCAUCAAGUGUCAGAUGGUUUUCUACAACGAAUGGGAUAUUCAGGUGCAUGUUGCAAAUCACAUGAUUGAUGAAGGACUGGACCACAAAUGCAAGCUCUGCAGCCAGACCUUCGACUCCCCGGCCAAACUGCAGUGCCACCUGAUCGAGCACAGCUUUGAGGGCAUGGGGGGCACCUUUAAGUGCCCUGUGUGCUUCACAGUGUUUGUUCAGGCAAACAAGUUGCAACAGCACAUUUUCUCUGCCCAUGGACAAAAAGACAAGAUCUAUGACUGCACACAAUGUCCACAGAAGUUUUUCUUUCAAACAGAGCUGCAGAAUCACACGAUGACCCAGCACAGCAGCUAG